AUGUGGUUCCUCGAGCACGAGAUCCUCUUUGGAGGAAAGGGCGUCUGGUUGCGGCCUGGAUCGCAGCAGCUUUUCGGUCGUACAAAGAGCACCGAUGGAGAUGGCUCAGCGGGCAAGAACGUCUUCAUAGAUAACAAGAAUGUGUCACGCAAGCACAUGAUGAUCAAAGUCAUGGACGUCCCACCUGCGGACGGGACGAAAGUGCACAAGAGGUCCCAAAUUGAGAUCACAGACUUCAGCUGCAGACAAGGUACAGUGGUCGAUGGUGACAGAACGUUGAAAAGCUGCAAGCAGCCGGACGGCAGCAUCGCGGAGGACACUACCACGCUCAACGGCACCGAGCACACGAUCAGACUGUCAAGUUCGUAUCCUCCAUUUACGAUAAAAUGGCAAGAUAUCAUCUUCACGUAUGCCUCAAAAGAAAAGAAAGGCGCCUCCCAGUCGCAAGGCAGUACACGCAACGCCGAAUUACAUGCAAUGGAUAUCAAGACAUCGACUGAGUUUUUAUAUGGCAAGACCACCCAUGUGGUAUCGCAGAAGAGGAACCUGCCGAAGGUCCUGCAGGCAUUAGUCUCUGGCACGCCUGUAGUCACGGUUGACUAUAUUGAUGCCGUCCUGAGCGCAGCAGCACAGAUCACGGAUCCAGAGGGCAACUAUAUACCUUCGCAACUGGAGGAAGACUUCGAAACGUGGUGGCCUCAAGAGAAGGAAUAUAUCCCACCCGCUGGCCAGGAGCCAAUUCCCCGUCCCGAUCAGAUGCUCGCCCCGGACCCAGCUCGCUCGGAAGUCUUUUCGGGACUGACGUUCAUUUUCCUGAAUGAAGCACAGCAUACUAGCUUGCACCAGGUUGUUGCUGGCGGCGGUGGAAAGGCGUUAUUGUUUGAUAUACGUCUGGGCGAAUCGACGGUGGAAGAGUAUGUUGGCUACGUGAGAAGCGUUGUAGGCCAGAAGCGUCGUGGGAGGGCCAGCAAGGAUGGCCUUCCGGUGGUUACCAUUCGCCUUCCCACUUAUCCAGAGGAACUAGAAGACUGGGCAACUACCUUCGUUACUGGCGUGGAUCGAUCUUUGAAUCAACGUUCCAUUCUGCAAAACGAGUUUCUUGAUGCCAUCAUCGCCAACGACGCAUCCUCCUUACGUCAACCUCCCACCGACACAGAGAUCAGUCCUAGCGUGCCGGAAACCACACCAACACAACAAUCCUUGCGCGAGCCGAUCCCAUCAUCGCAGUCUCGAGCUCAAUCGCAAGAUCUCGAGCCUAGCUCGCUUCCAGCAGAUGGGCCAGUCAGGACUAAUCCACGUAAACGACCUGCUCGACGUGCUGUUACUAGUCGCUUCACUGGUUUUGAUGAUUACGAGCCGCCUCCUAAGAUGCAGAAGACCGAACACACCCAGGUACAGGAUACACCCAUGGAAGAUGUUCAACGCCCUAAACAACAGUCCGUACCGGAGUAUGAGCCUGCAAUGCAAUCACAAAUUCCGCUAGCGGAUCAGACGCAGCGCACUUCUCGUUCACAACCACAAAACACUGUAGACGCGUCGAGUAAGAUAGACCAAAUGUUCCCCGCUUCUGCUCGUUUCAGGAAAAAGCGGGAAGCUACUCAAGCUCCUGCUGCCGCUGCGUCGGUCCAACCUGAAACUUUAACCGAACCUGCCCCGGACAAGACACAAAUGCGUCUUGAGCGACUAAAAGUCAUGCAAGAGCAGCGAGAUGAGAAAAUGAAGCAACAUAUCAAUGUCAAAGAAGAAACCCGCAAACGUAUGGCCGAAGAAGAAGAAAGACGCAGAGCUGAAGAGGAGCAGACGAGAGCAGACUUAGAAGGCGUCGACAUAUCCACACUGCACAUAGACAUCGAGAUUCUAGACAUGAAGAUUCGUCCCCGCGAAGAUAGAACCUUCGUGCGGACCCAGCUUCAUGGUGAGGGAUGGCACCCCGAGUGGGAUGGGAGGAAGAAUUUCAAGAAAUUCAGACGUCGUGGCACCGACAAGGACGCAAGGACACAGUCGCAGAAAGUGAUUGUUACGCUGAAACCGGCCCCGCCGAGAAAGGGUUUUGGUGACUCUAUGGUCAUGGAUGAGGUAGCACCCGUCAGGACCGCAGAGGAUGAGAAACUACUGAGGCGCAGACUUGGUGGUCGACUACCAGAAAACGACGACGAAAGACCGAUCGGUUUCCAGAGAAGGAGACGUGCCAAGCCAACAGAAGCUGUCGACGUUGAAGACAGCGGGCCAGACGAGGAGGAAUCGCCGAGGGCUAGUGGAUCCAUGAUCAGAAAGAGUGGUCGGACGCAACGUGUGGUUGAGACUCAAUUCGAAGACACCCAAAUUCAGAGGCAAUCAAAGAAGCGUGCAGGUGGCACUCUAACCGUUGCAGCUGGUCAGCCAUCAGCCAAGAAGAGCCGGAUUGGGAACGAGGAUAGUGAUGAAGAGGAGGGUGGCUUUAGAUUCAGGAAGAGAGCUAAGGGAUAG